UUCAUUUCUUCGUAUUGGUGAACCAGGCUUCCUCUCUCUGUCUUUAUCUGAUCAAAGCGACUUAAUAAUAAACGACAAGAUAUAUGGAAAAGCUAACGGUUGGACACAUUUGCUGAUACAGAAAUCUCCAAAUAAUUCUUUGUCAGUCUCUAUGAAUGGUGAACUGAAAACAACAAUAAGUUAUGGUGGUCUUUCAAAAAAAAUUCAGAUUGGAGUUAGUACUUCUGUAUCAUCUGGAAGUGUUCACAUUCUCGACUUCAGACUUUAUCAAAAGUUGCUCACAGACAGAGAAGUGAAGAAGUUGUACAAUAAUACCUGGGAUAUGAAUUACGAUGUUCCAGACUGCAGAUGUCCUGUUUCUCAUCCAGCUCUUGACAGCUCAGGCUAUAUAUGUUACGGUGAUGCUAACAGUCAACAGCCCCGCCUGGAAAAAGCCCUCCGAAAUAUCUCAGCAAUAACUGAUGGAAGCUCAAACACAUCGUGGGUGUCUGGGAAUGCAAGUGUCACCACACUGACAAUUGAGCUGGGCAACAGUUUUCAGAUAUCAAGUAUUCAACUGCUGUUUCUUGGAACUCUACCUUAUAAUGCAGCUUGGAUGUAUUACCUUAAUAACGGCAACAUAGAUAUGUCACAGUUUACCUGUAAUAAAACAGGAUGUCAACUGAAUGGUAAUGUGAAUGAUUAUGAGACAUAUCUAAAAACAGUGGCUGACAAGAUUGAAGUCAAUCUACAUUCUUCCGAAAAUCUCAUUAUCUCACAACUUAUAGUACAUGGAAGCUGUAACUGUAAUGGCAAUGCUGAUAAUUGCAUGCCAAAUUCAUCAUCAAAUGACUAUACUUGUGACUGCAUUGCUGCACACAAUAAAGAGGGAAAACACUGUGAGGACUGCAAGAAUAUGUACUACAGACUGACUGAUGAGUUUGUAUGUAACAGGUCUUGUCCAAACUGUAACACUCAUGGAAGAAAUCCUAACAGACAUUGCAUGCAGAUUGGAGGAAACUGCAGUUGUAAAGCUAAUGUAGAAGGAACACUCUGUGACAUGUGUAAACACCUAACAUAUAAUCUCGGACCAUCAACAGAGGGCUGUACACAGUCAAACUGUAGUUCUGAUGGCAGUGAAUCAUGCAACAAUGAAACCGGAUCCUGCAACUGUUACCCUAAUGUCAAUGGCACCACCUGUGACUCAUGCAGUGUCUUACAUUAUAACAUUACGUCUGGCAGAGGAUGUGAGCCAUGUUUGUGCAGCUCCAAAGGAACAAUGAACACAAACCUUCAGUGUAAUGUCACAUCUGGAAAGUGUGGUUGCAAAACAAAUGUUACAGGAAGACAGUGUGAUGAAUGCAAGGAUGACUACUGGAAUCUAGAGUCUACCAACGAUGUUGGGUGCACGAAGUGUGGCUGUAACAUGAUUGGCAGCACAAGUUCAGCCUGUGACAAGCAGACAGGACAGUGUCCAUGUUGGAACAAUGAUUAUAGCAAUACAAAAUGUAACCCCACCUCCACAUCGGUGAUACCAAAGUUUGGUCCACAGGUUGGCGGAACACUGGUUACCGUUUCCGGGCAUCUCCUCAAUGGCAGUUCAAUGUACUUCCCGAAAAUAUAUCUUGAUGAAACAAUUCCUCCAUUAUUAGCAA